AUGGCUUCUGAAGCUCAGGUCGCCGGCGGUCACAAGGCCAACAUCAACAACCCUAAGACCUCUGACGAGGCCAAGCAGCACUCUCGCGAAGUUCUUGACAAGGAGUUCAGCGGCGGCGACGUCCCCGGUGCCAGCGACAACCAAGACAAGAACCCCAACAACGUCGCGAGAGGUCUUAAGGCCACUAUCAACAACCCCAGAGUCUCUGAUGAGGCUAAGGAGAGUGCCAAGGAGCGACUCAACCAGAUGUAA